CUCAGGAAGACAGUACUCUUUUUCACAAAUCUCGUGACCCAUUUUUGGAUCCUAAUCCCCAUAAUCAUAUACUGGCAUACAGCCAGGCAGCCAGCUAGCAUAUACUACUGUAUUAGUGUAAAGAGGUUGAGGAAUGGGCGGAGAGAGGCGAGGCGCAGCUUAUGAGUUACUGUUUCUGAUUGCCUUUAUAGCACUUGCAUCGUGGGUGUCUUACCAUUUGCAGGUUAAGGUUCUCCCUCAGCCGCUGACUGCGGAGGUUGCCGGAGAAAGCGGCUUCUCCGAGGUCGCCGCAUUCAACCAUCUUCAGGCUUUGGCUCGGUUCGGUCCCCAUCACCUCGGUUCUAUUGCUCUUGACCAUGCCGUCCAAUAUGUAUUGGAAGCUGCAGAAACCAUUAAGGAAGAGGCAGACGAAGAUGUUGAGGUGGAGGUUGAACUGUUUAAACCCAACUCUGGUGUUAACAAUCUUUUUUCUGGAAGAUACUUUGCGAAAACCCUAGUUUAUGCCGAUCUCAAGCAUGUCUUAAUAAGAGUAUCACCAAGGAAUUAUGCACCUGAUUCUGAAUUUAGAGCUCAAGACAAUGCUAUUCUUGUUUCUUCCCACAUCGAUACAGUUUUCUCAGCUGAGGGAGCUGGAGAUGACAGUUCUAAUGUAGCGGUAAUGCUGGAGCUUGCUCGAGCACUUUCCCAUCAAGCUCGGGGUUUUAAGAAUUCUAUAAUAUUCUUUUUCAAUACGGGGGAGGAAGAAGGCUUGGAUGGUUCUCAUAGCUUUAUAACUCAGCAUCCUUGGGUUAAUACGAUCAGAGUAGCUAUUAACUUGGAAGCCAUGGGUAUUGGCGGGAAGUCUGGAAUAUUUCAGGCAGGUUCUGAUCCAUGGGCAAUUCAAAAUUUUGCAAAAGCCGCAAAAUAUCCAACUGGCCAAAUUAUUUCACAGGAUUUGUUUUCUUCUGGGAUAAUACAAUCCUCAACUGAUUUUCAAGUGUACCAAGAGAUAGGUGGUCUUUCAGGCCUUGACCUUGCAUUUACACACAAAACAGCUGUCUACCACACUAAGAAUGACAAGGUUGAGCUUUUGAAACCGGGUUCUCUCCAACACUUAGGUGAAAAUAUGCUUCCAUUUCUACUUCGGGCUGCAAAAUCAAGUGAUCUUCCACAAAGCAAUGCGACUUUAUCUAUUGAAAUAUCAGAGGAUACAGUUGUAUACUUUGAUAUCUUGGGGAAGUACAUGAUGGUAUACAACCAAACUUUUGCUGAUAUGAUCAACAAAGUAGUGAUAGUGAUAUCAAUUGUGGUAUGGACUGGAUCAUUGACUGCGGGAGGGAUGACAUCUGUUAUUUCAAUGGCAUUUUCACUUUUGAGUAUUGUUGCAAUGUGGAUAUGCUCAAUUGGCUUCUCUCUCGUCGUUGCUUUCUCCCUUCCACUUGUAUCACAAUCACCAGUCCCCUUUAUUGCAAGCCCGUGGUUGGUGAUUGGUUUGUUUGCUUCACCGGCUCUUCUCGGGUCCUACAUUGGUCAACAUGUAGCUUAUCUUCUUCUUCACAAGUUCUUAUCAUAUACAUAUACACAAACAGAGGGGUUUUUGCCUCUUACCAUCCGAAAUAGGGUGGCCGAGUUACAUGCUGAGAGAUGGAUGUUUAAAACUGGUCUGUUGCAAUGGCUUCUUGUCUUGUCAGUGGGAAACUCUUACAAGAUUGGUUCUUCUUAUUUGGCCUUGGUUUGGAUGGUCUCACCUGCAAUUGCUUAUGGUCUACUUGAGGCACUGGCACGAUCAAACGAAAAACUCAACCCUCUAACCUUGAUGAUCGGAUUGACUGUGCCAAUUGUGGUGUCGUCCGGUGUGUUUGUUCAGCUAGUGAAUACACUAAUCGGAAGUUUAGUUCAAUUUGGAAGUAGCCCUGGCACCCAUCCAGACUGGAUGGGGAGUGUACUUGUUGCAAUACUUGUGGCAGCUACAAUAUGCCUGACAAUGGUGUAUCUUCUACCAUAUAUUCACAAUUCAGGGGCAAAGUCUGGAUUUAUAGUUGCAACCUGUAUUUUGUUUGGCAUCUCAUUCGGCAUGGUACAACAAGACAUGGUUCCGCCUUUUACCUGCAAGACUGUUAGAGCGGUGAACGUUGUGCAAGUCAUUAAUGCUACCGGAAACUCUACAAUGUCACACAUCUCCCUGUUUUCGUCAACUCCGGGAAAUCUGGAUGUGGAGGCUGAAAAUCUUGGAGAAGGGUUUGUUUGUGGAAGAGACAGGUCUUUUGAUUUUGUGACUUUUAAAGUCAAGUACAGCUGCUGGACAAAUCCGAAUGCCGAACAUAGCUUGAAGAGACCCCAAAUUCCCGAACUUCGUCAUGUCACUAGUGAUAUACAGGGAGACACGAAAACUAGUGUGGUCAAUAUCAAUACAUCAACUUCCUCUCGUUGGUGCUUAUCGAUUAAUACAGAUGAAGUUGAAGACUUUCAGCUCGAAGAUGGUGAGGGAGAGUUGAUUUCGCUUGGUGAGAAGAACAUUUUGGAUGGUUGGCACCUAGUUCAGUUUGCUGGUGGGAGAAAUGCACCAAGGGAGUUCAACCUGACUCUUUAUUGGCGGAAAAUGAAGAAGUCAUGGGCAGGUGAGAAGAGGUUCAAUGAGGAUGGUAAUUUGUUGCUGAAGUUGAGAGUUGAUUAUGAUCAGCAGACUCCAGAAAUGGAUAUGGUGUUCAAGAAGCUCCCGCGUUGGGUUUCUCAGUUGGGGAAGUCCACAUUGCCUUUCGCAUUAGCUUACUACCAGACCAUAUCUGUUGCUGAAACAAUGGGUGUGCCACUUUAUCUUACAAGCGAGUAGUUUUGAAGGUUUCGGUCAAGACUGCAAUAAAUAAUAAAGUGGUGAAAUAAUAAUGAGGUUCAGGUGUGAUACCACAUUGCACUUUCACCCAUUGCAGCAACCCAUUCGAGUAUCGGCUUGAGGAUAUGUUCAUUUGGUUUAAUCCAAUCAGGGGGCUCAAAUUUGUAUCAUAAGUUCAUACUAAUUGCUAUGUGACAAAAAACUAUGGCACUAAUUUAGAAGGAUUUAUCAAUCCGUGUCCUACUUCAUCAAAAGAUAUUUGGCUUAGACUCCUUAUGAAGAAUCUCUCCCAAUCACAAAUGUAUCAAAAUUGUUAUUCUUUGUGUAGUAAUUAUAACUGGUUAUUCGAUUCAAAAUUACUUUUGUCUAGUUUGUGGCAUAUAUGUUUCAAGUAUUCACACUAAUGCGAAAAAUUAUUAUUACCC